GAUAGAUAAUAAAAAUUGAAAGCUCGCGAACAUAAAUGCAUUCGUUGAUAAUUUGCACUGUUGAAAUUUGAAUUGCUAAACAUAGAGGCAACCGUCAUGGCAGUGUGUACCCUGACAGUCGUUUUAUUUUUGUGUGGAGUCGUCGUUAAAGGAAACACUGUAUAUGAUUCUUGCAACUUCGAACAAGACCUAUGCGGCUGGACGCAGGACAACACUACAGAUGACGGAGAUUGGAAAAGAUGGAAAGGACGCACCCCCACGAGUUCCACUGGCCCCUUGUAUGAUCAUACAACACAUACAAGUUUAGGAUUUUACAUAUAUAUGGAAUCAAGCCACACGGCCAAGAAUGAUAAAAUGCGCCUGGUUUCACCUUUGUUUCAACCAGAUCAGAGUCGCAGUUGCUUUGAACUCUGGUAUCAUAUGUUUGAUAAACCUUUCGAUUUAGGAUUCAAACAAGACGAUCAUAUUGGCCAAUUAAAAGUUUACAUCCGGGCUAAAGGCUCUAAGAAUUUAACACCGGUAUUCAGUGAUCAGGGUAACCAUGGAGAUAUAUGGAUCCAUGGCAACAUAACCAUCCCAUGCCAAAUGCAACCUUUCCAGAUUAUAAUCGAAGCUGUGGACACGGCUGGCUCUGCAGCGAGUGACAUCGCCGUUGAUGAUAUGAAUUUUUUCCAGUGUGAUGAGGGUCUACGAUUGGUAUGUCCAACAACCGUCAUAGCGACCCUGUCAACAACGGGUUUCACGGCCAAAUAUAGCGGUAAGGUGUUGCAUGGAAUAUAACAUCAAUAUUUGGUAUACGAUGAGCAACAUACACUAUUCAGACAAAACAGUAGACCUUCGGGUAUUUUAAUUAUUUUAACCAAAAUCGGGUUGAAGAGGGGGCUCUGCAAAAUGUUGAAAAAGGCAGCAGAUUGGUGUUUUCAUAUUAUUGGGUUUCCUAAAAUCGAAAUCUAAAUUUCAUUUUAGCAGAUAUAGCCUUGGAGAAUAGUUCCUCAUCCCCUUUUUCAGGAUUGCCUUCGACUAGGGCAAGUAGAAUAAGUAAUCGGUAUAAAUUAACUUUGAUACUAAUAUACCAAGUAUACAUGUAUAUUGUUAUUAUUAAAUACUUUUGUUAUUGCAAAAUAAAGGUAUAUAUGUUCAUUUUCAGUUUAUUCCUAUUGUCAUAUUAUAUAGCUUCAUCUUGAGCUCAAUAAUUCCUAUAUUUGUAAUGUGUUUAUACCUUACUCAUAGCACAUUAUUUCCCCCUUUUUUGUGUUUUCCUUAACAUUUCUUAAUCAUACCACGCCAUCAAGCCUUUAUCAGAUGUGGAUAAUGGUGGUAUAUAAAAUCCAUCCUAGGAUCUCCGCUGUAUAUCAACUAACUGUUGCUGAUCACAGCCUUGUAGGCAAACGUGGAACGCCGAAUUCGAAGAAUGAGCUGUAACCAC